ACGACGUUCAUGCUGCAAUAGAAGAGGUGGUGACAGGCGUGGUGGUAAAAACGUCGGCGUCGUCAGUGACGUGACGGAAGUACAAGACUCGGUAAAGAACUAGAAAGAAAGAAAGAACAAAAAAGGAAAGAGGACAAAAAAAAAAUUCUUAAGACGGAGAGACAGUAAAAUGUUAUAGGAAAGCAGUAACUCAGGUACGUCUGUCGGAAAGUAGAAAACACAAACAAGCACCUGAUAACGAUAGUUUCGUUCAUCGUCUGCUUUAUACACCUGUCGAUACCGUAUUGAACACUCAACACUGGCCGAUCGGUCCUUGGCUACAAUGGCAGUCAACGAAAAUAUUAAUUAUUGUAACAUACAAAGAGCUGUACCUACAGCAUGGUCAAGUUCUAUUCUGCAGGACCCGGCUUCUAUGAUACGCCACCUCUUCAUUCAGGAACUUUUGCUUACUGUUUUUGUAUUGGUUUGCUUCGUGUUGAUUCGGACAAUAUAUACAGUUGUGAAGCGUCGAUAUGCUCGGAUCACAGUAUUCGUAAUCGGUGGUGGGCCUAUCGGGUUGACAGCAAUGUUUAUAGCCGCCAAAUGUGUCCGUGUAGCGCGCCUGGUCCUUUACGAAGAACUCAGUCGAAGUUCCUUGAUAAACAGACUCAAUCAACUUGCUUUCGAUAUGUCCAGUAUAAACUUUCUCAAAGACCUUGGAAUAGAUUUCCAUAAUAUGGAAGGCUGUUGGCAACAAAAUAGUUUUUCUACUCGAGCCGGCAUUUUUCAGGAGUACCUUUUGAAUCUUAUUUCAAAGAUGGAUGUGCCGAUAGAAAUGAAAUUCCAAACAAAAUUUUCGAGAAGUCAUGUGAAAGAAGCAGAAGAAACAGUUGGUCGAAUUGUAGUGAUUGUGUGUGACGGAGCUCAAGGAUCGUGCGGUCGGCUGCUGGGGAUCAGUGAUGAAUGCAUACAACAUUCUUGUAACACGUACGGCGCUAUUGCUAGUCUGGAGAGAAACUGUGAGAGACAGGAGUUUCCAAUGGCAGAAAAGAGAAUCCACCAAUUAAUAUUUGAUCUCACUUCCUACGGAGUUGAUUCUCUUGAUGAGACCUACACUCCCGGUUUCAGUUUAAAACUCUUCGGCAGUAAUAGGCACCGUUACAUGACUCUUGUGAUACCGAAAUGUGAGUCCAAGUGUGUGAAAGCUUUGCGCGUUAUACUGGAUCGUUCGAUGAUGAGAAAUAUCUUCACAAAGUGUUUUAACACAUUCCGGUUCGAAAAUGAGACUAAACUUGCAGAAUCUGAAGCACUGAAAAACAUGAAAUUUAGUCCAAGGCUUUUCGAAAUAAAAAUGUUCCAACGGCAGGAGAACGUGGCAUAUUUUUCUGACCCAGAUAUUUUUAUUUUGGCUGAAGGUGACGCUGCUAUGUGUUAUAAUUUCAGUACAGGAAUGGAUGUAAAUAUAGGUUUGAAAAACCUUGUAACGCUUCCAAACUUUUUGGAAAUGGUUAGCUGGGCAGAAACGGAAAAUCAUAUAACAUCCGUCUUAACGUACAAGACACGUCAUACAGAAAAAGUGUGCCGAAACUUUGUCAGAUGUGGAUUACGAGAGUAUAUGUUUUCUUAAGGAUUUCGGUUAAAUUAAUAUAUAUAUAUAUAUAUAUAUAUAUAUAUAUAUAUAUAUAUAUAUAUAUAUAUAUAUAUAUAUAUAUAUACACACAUGUAUGUACGUACGUGCGUAUGUAUGUAUGUAUGUAUGUAUGCAUGUAUGUAUAUAUAUAUGUAUAUAUAUUCUGUAUAUGUGUAUGUAGAAACAAAUCUAAUUAUGAGAUUAAAAACAUACCCAAUGGGUCACAGAAAAUUUAUUUGUGCUGGCAGAAAUGGGGUGUGCAUCUGUGUUUAUGUCUCAGUGUCUGAGAGAGAAUGACUUUGGUCAGCUCGAUGUUUUGGGCUACAUUCGAGCAAUUCUUUCUUUGGUGCUUCUUCAAUUUUUUGUUAUAUAUAUAAAUAUAUAGAGAGAAAUGAUAUAUUUUUACACUUAAAAUAAAUUAUUACAAAUGAAUAAUUUAUUUUCUUUCUCAAAUCCCUUGACAUUUGAAAACGUAUUAUUUCUCAAAUAUUUAUUCGUAAACACACACACUUGCAUCCACAUACACACAUUUACAUUUGCGUAAUUUUAAUGCUGCUGAAUGUCAGUAUUCGUAGCUUUUUUGGUCUCUAUUUUAAACUGGUUGUUCGCAUAUGUGUUUGCGUGUGGGAAACUAGGAAUGAGAAAUUAAAUGAGAAAAUGUAAAUAUGAAAAUAAAUAAAUGAUUAAAUUUA